UCUUCCCCAAACUGCUGCGUUGAAUGAUUGGUCAACGGAGUGAAUAUGCUUAUUCAAAUUGUUGUUAUUAGUUAUUAAUGUCAUUUACCCCUUUCGCUUUGCCUCUGCCUUUUGUCCAUUGAUUUAACUGAUUCCAGUACCUGAAAUUUGCAGAAGCUUUGCGCGAGUUGAAUACAAGCUUGGCGCUCUCUCUUGACCAGCGCAGCAGUGAAUCGCGGCUUAAUGCCUCUAAAAAUCAACCUCUCCCAAUUAACCAAUACCAGGGAUUCUCACUGCCAAUUAAGGAAAAGGCCACCCCAUAAAAGAAAUGGAGUCUCUCUGGUUCUUGGAAGAAGGGCACUUUUUGGCGAACCAAUCCUGCUCAUAUUCACGGCUUCUCAGAACAGUGAGUUGAUGCACAGUAUUCAGUUCGAGUUCAUUACUUGUGCUGCACAACAAACUCCAGAGGUUGAAGGCGUGAAAAAUUCAAUUGCUUAGCCACUACAUCUUGGCUUGCUUUCUUGAAACUUUUCAGACGAAAUUCGAUAUAUGCAUUAACCUCCUCUCCUCCCUCGCAUUCUGCAUUUUUUAACCGCAUGGGAGCUUGGUUUCAGUCUCUUUCCCAGUCCAAAACCACCAGGAAGAGCAGCAGGAUGGAAGAUGGACCUUGGAAUUUGCUUACAGGGUCCCCCAAAAACUCUUGGCAGCCGAUCAUGACAGAUGAUACAACAGCUUCCAGUUACUGGCUCAACUGGAGGGUCGUUCUUUGCAUUAUAUGGGUUCUGUUGACCUUAAGUUUUGCACUGUUCCUGAUAUGGAAAUAUGAGGGCCGUGGGAAUAAGGAAUGUAACAGAGAAGAAACUCAGAAUGAAGAAGCUGGAGCUUUGUAUGAUGAUGAAACAUGGCGGCCCUGCUUCAAGGGAGUACAUCCUGCUUGGCUAUUGGCCUUCAGAGUAUUGGCUUUCUCUGUGCUCUUGAUGCUCCUCAUUGUCACCGCUAUGGUCGAUGGAGGUGCCAUAUUUUACUUCUAUACUCAGUGGACUUUUACUUCAAUCACCAUUUAUUUUGGGCUUGGAUCACUGCUCUCCCUUAAUGGCUGCUACCAAUAUCAGAAGAAAGUUUGUGGUGAGAAGGUGGGUAAUGUGGAAGGAGAUGCAGAACAGGGUACUUCAGCAGCUGGCGGAGACGGUUCGAUUACUUCAAAUGCAGGGAAAAAUCCAUCCCUUGGUGAAGAACAUCACCUCCGGCGCCAACCUGCUGGCUUUUGGGGUUAUGUCUUUCAGAUUAUCUUCCAGAUGAAUGCAGGUGCUGUUAUGCUGACAGAUUGCGUCUUUUGGUUCAUAAUUGUUCCAUUUCUCACCAUCAAAGAUUACAACCUAAAUUUUUUGAUAAUAAAUAUGCACACAAUCAAUGCUGUUUUCUUGCUUGGAGACACCGCCUUGAAUUCUUUGCGAUUCCCAUGGUUUCGGAUUGGAUAUUUCUUCCUCUGGACGGUUAUUUACGUGAUCUUUCAAUGGAUUGUUCAUGCUUGUGUGAGACUAUGGUGGCCAUAUCCAUUUCUAGACCUCUCAUCUUCAUAUGCCCCUCUUUGGUACUUAUCUGUGGCUCUUAUGCAUAUUCCUUGCUACGGAAUCUUCGCACUGAUUAUGAGGCUGAAACACCACGUAUUUUCGACACGGUGCCCUCGAUCGUAUCAAUGUACAAGGUAACCAAGGAAGGCCUGAAAGACAUUGUUAAAAUUCUCCAAAGGAGGAAAACAAGCAUAAACGGGCCAAAGCAAACUCGAUGUAUUGAUCCAUAGGGAAAAGUGGUUGAUGUAUAUGAGUUCUGCAGAAAUACCAAUCUUGAUAGAAAAGAAAGAAGCAAAAGGUGCAAGGUUUUCUUAGGCAAUUAGAUUAACCAUCUCAAAAGAGUUGUAUGGAUAAUAGAUAUAACUUAUAUGUAAGUAACCCACAGGAAUAUGUUCUAUUUGGUAUAGAAUAUAAAGAGAGCUCAGCUUUGUUC